AUGGGCAUACCUCUCGCCUUUGAGAAAGCAUUCGCUACUGCUACAGAAGCAGAAUACUUGAGUGCCAUCAUUAACAUUGUAUUAGACACAGUUAGCGUUUCUACCACAAAAAGACAGCAGAUCUUAGAGGGAUUAGCACUUGCCUUUGAGAAAACAUUCGCUACUGCUACAGAAGCAGAAUACUUGGAUGUCAUCAUUAACAUUGUAUUACAGACACAGUUAGCGGUUCUACCACAAAAAGACAGCAGAUCUUAG